UCAAAAAUCAACGAUUGAACUUUUGACUUUGAGUUUUUAAGUAUCUUGUAUAAAGCAAGGAGAUGCACAGAUUCUCCAAGAAAGCAUGACUACAUACAAGAUUUGGGUGAUAUCUCUCAUUAUAGUAGGAGCGAUUCUAGGAGGAGUAAUCCCCGUAACAAAGACAGUGAUCGCUUGUCCUCUCUAUUGCUUACAAGUAGAGUACAUGACAUGUCUUUCCUCCGGCGACGAAAAGCUUCCACCGAGAUGCAAUUGUUGCCUUGCUCCCAAGAACUGUACUCUCCAUCUCUCUGAUUCUACUUCUAUCCAUUGUAACAAAUGACCAUUAUAAAUCUAGUAAG